ACUGAGGGAGACACUCCCUCUCCUGCCCUCCACCCUCAGUGGUGUUCCCCCCCCCACUUUUCCACUUUCCAGCUGAACUACCUGGGUCCCCCAUUUAACGAACCCGAUUUCAACCCCCCGCGGCUGGCGCGGGCCGAGCGUGUCCCCAGUGCCACGGUGGACCUGGACCUGUGGCGGGGCCUGACCGACAACGCUCGCUUGGCUGCCAACUACCGGGCCUACAGCCGCCUGCUCUGCUACCUGCGGGCGCUGGAGGGGCCGGCGGGCACCGCCGAGCUGCGUCAUCGCCUUGGCCACUUCUGUUCCAGCCUUCAAGGUUUAGUGCUCAGCAUCGCCGGCGUUAUGUCUUCUUUGGGUUAUCCCCUUCCCGUCGGGGGACCUUCGGUGCCUCCUGGGACUCCGGUUCCUUCCAAUGAUUUCCUAAAGAAAAUGGAGGAUUUUUGGUUGUUGAAGGAGUUGCAGACCUGGCUGUGGCGCUCGGCCAAGGACUUUAAUCGCCUCAAGAAGAAGGUACCGCCCGCCGUGGUUACGCUGCGGCUGGAGGCCAGGGGAUUCUGAGCACCCCCCCUCCCUUCCCCGCUUCAAACCCCCCACAAAAUGGCCGCACAGCCCCCCCUCCACUCCCUAAAUUCAACCUCAUGGGAACGGGGCUCCUCACUCCCAUGGGCCACCACAUGUCCCCACUGGCACCUCGCUGUGCCUUGAGAGAUGGGGCUCCUGACCCCCAGGGCCACCGCAGACACCCCGUGUGUGUCCCCCUAUGUCACCAGUGUGCUAUGAGAAAUGAGGGUUGUGACCCCCCCCCAGUGCCACCAAAGCCACCCCCGUGUGCUGUAAAGGAUGGGGCUUCUGACCCCCAAGUGCCAGCAAAGCCACUAAUGUGCUCCCCGCCAUCACCAAUGUGCCUUGGGAAAUGGGGGUCAUGACCCCAAAGUGCCACCAAAGCCACCAAGUGUCCCCACCCACAACCAUACCUUGUCCCCUCGGGGCUGUCCCCACACCCGUGGGGCUAGGGAGGUCAGCAGACUCCGCCCCCUGCCCCAUAGCAGCAAGAAACCCACCCCCAAGGGCUUUAGAGGGGGUGCAAGCCCCGCCCACCCCCAGAAAGGACCAAUCCCAGCAUAGGAAGAGAAGCCCCGCCCCACCCAGCAGCAAGCCCCGCCCCAGGAGCGAUAGGCUCCACCCUCUCCCCUGCUGGCAAUAAGUCCCCACUCACCAGCCUGUGUAGCAAACCCCGCCUCUUUCCUACAGCAGGCUCCGCCCCUGUGGCCUAAGCCCCGCCUCUCCUCCGGUUGCCUAGCAACCCACAGGCCACACCCCCGACCCAGGAGGGCGGGGCUGGAGGCGGGGCCACAGGGCCGCUGUCCCGGUGCGUCUAUGAGUGUUUAUUUAUUGGAGAUGUUAUUUAUUGGGGUAUUUAUUGCAGAAGAUCUAUUCUUGUAUGAACGAAUAAAAGCCUUUCUCCAGCGCCCCCGCCCCGCCCGUGCCACAUGGCGGGGGGCCCAAGGAGCCACUGG